UGACUCUAGCGGCUUGGAAUCGUACUUGUUAUUUGUUAAUAUAUUAUUUUAAUCACAGAAAAUGGGUCCGUCGGAGUUUAAGUUAAACAAUCCCCCCGAGGACCUUAUCUCGGCUGUCAAAUUUGGUUCCAAAUCCAACCAGUAUAUGGCAGCAUCAUCUUGGGACGGAACGCUUCGCUUCUACGAUGUGGCGGCAAACUCAAUGCGCCAAAAAUUUGUACAGGAUGCUCCUAUCUUGGAUUGUGCGUUCAUGAAUAUUGUACAUGUGGUGAGUGGUGGCCUGGACAAUCAACUUCGGAUGUACGAUGUGAAUACUCAAGCUGAAACUCUGGUGGGUUCUCACGAUGACCCCAUUCGCUGUGUGGAGCAUGCGGAGUAUGUCAAUGGCAUCUUGACCGGCAGCUGGGAUAAGACAGUCAAACUCUGGGACAUGCGCGAAAAGCGCUGUGUUGGCUGCUUUGAACAGAAUAACGGCAAGGUUUACUCCAUGUCUGUAAUUGAUGAAAAGAUUGUGGUGGCCACAUCCGAUCGUAAGGUUUUAAUAUGGGAUUUGCGUAAAACGGAUAGCUAUAUUAUGAAGCGCGAGUCAUCAUUGAAGUAUCAAACGCGCUGUAUUCGUUUAUUCCCUAAUAAGGAAGGUUAUGUCAUGUCCUCUAUUGAGGGUCGUGUGGCUGUUGAAUACCUCGACCACGAUCCUGAGGUGCAACGUCGAAAAUUUGCAUUCAAAUGCCAUCGCAACAGAGAUAAUAAUAUUGAGCAAAUCUAUCCAGUUAAUGCGGUUAGUUUUCACAAUGUUUAUCACACGUUCGCCACCGGCGGAUCCGAUUGCAUCGUUAACAUUUGGGAUGGCUUCAACAAGAAGCGUCUAUGCCAGUUCCACGAGUAUGACACAUCUAUAUCAUCACUUAACUUCAGUGCCGAUGGCAGCGCCCUUGCCAUUGGCUGCUCAUACUUGGAUCAAUUCACAAAGACGCCUGAUACAGUGCCUAAUCCGGCCAUUUAUAUACGCUACCCGACUGACCAAGAAACAAAACAGAAAUAGCCAUAAGUAUUUGUAAUUAACUCU